AUGAAUUAAACUUUUGAUAAAAUUUCCGCUGAAGAUUGGCAUCAAAAUCAAAACAAUAUUACAAUACCAAAAGCUAAAAUGAAUGAAUUUGUACUCAACUUUUUCAUAGUUGAAGGCUACAGGGAUGCAGCUAUUGAAUUUUCUAAAGAGGCUGGGAUUUAAUUGUCAAACAAAGAACUUGAUAAGAUGAUUGAAAGAAUUGAAAUUAAGAAAAAUAUAUUGAAUGGUGAGAUUGAUUCUGCUUUAUAAAAAGUAUCGAUGAGCAACAAUAAAUAAAUUCUGUUUAAGUUGAAAAUGCAAAAGCUGAUAGAACUUAUUAAAGUUAACGAAUUAGAUCAGGCUGUUUCAUAUGCCCAAAAUUAAAUUAUAGACUUCUUAAAAGAUUAACCUCAUCUUAUUGAUGAAAUUGAAAAGGCCAUGUCUUUAUUAGCUUACAAAGACCUUAGUAAAUGUCCUUUAAAUCAUCUAACUCAAAAUUCCCAAAGAAUUAAGGUAGCAAGCGAAGUCAAUUAAUAAUUGUUUUAAGACUCUUAAGGAAAUGAGCAAGCUAAAAUAACAAUACUAAUGAAAAUAUUAUAAUGGGCAUAAGACAUAUUGAAUUCUAAACUUUAAUAUCCUCAUCUAAUAGAAAUAUCAAAGGGGCAAUUCUCAAAAGAACAUUGA